AAAAAAAAAAAAAAAACUUCAAGUACAUGGUUCAAGAGAAUUCACCUGCUCGGAAAUAACAGAGGCAAUGGCGACUACCUUUGAUCCGAAUGGCAAAACUGCCAUCAUCACUGGAGGGGGAAGCGGAAUCAACUUCGCCUUCGCAAAAUUGCUCCUUUCAAAAGGUUGCAAUGUCCUGAUCGCUGACUUGGGUCUUCGCCCGGAGGCGAAAGAACACUACGAUAAAUUCACCUCUUCACCCCGUGCCGUUUUCCAGAAAACCGACGUGACCAAAUGGGCCGAGCUGGAGGAGAUGUUCAACGUUGCAUUCAAAGAAUUUGGUCAAGUGGACAUCCUUUGCGCCGGCGCAGGUCUUUUCGAUCCCAAAUUCAGCAAUUUCUGGUUUCCCCCCGGCAGUGCCGAGAGCCGUGAUGAUCCGCACGGUGACCGGUAUCUGACCAUGGACGUGAACGUGACGCAUCCUAUCCGCUCAACGCAACUGGCAUUAUCUCAUUGGAUGAAUCCACCCAAAGGCCAGCCGAAGGCUAGUCCGUCCAACCCAAAGCGAGUGGUCGUGUGUUGCUCAGUUGCAAGCUUGUUACAUGGUAUCAGCUACCCGUUGUACUUUGCGUCCAAGCAUGCUGUGGCAGCAUUCGUCCGCUCACUGGGAGACCUGAAUGAGAAGCUUGGUAUCAAAGUUGGAGGUGUAUGCCCUGGAGGAGUAAGAUCGCCUAUGCUGAUGGAAGAUCAGCACAAGGCGAGAACGAUCGAUUUUGAAAAAGACCGAAUGGUCACUCCGGAGCAGGUUGCAGAAGUGUUAUACCGCCUUUGCGUAGAUGACUCGGUCCCUGGAGGUUCUCUGCUGGAAAUUACCGAGAAUGGAGAGCGAGAGGUUCAAGCAUUCGGUGAUCCAGGCCCGGCUGGUGGCACGAAUAUUUCGCACUGGGAAAUUGCGAUCAACGAGGUCUGGAGUCAGCUUGACACCCCUGGCUGGGGCCAAGUCAAACCAUCAUUGUAGUUAUUCAUCGCGAAAUUUAAGGGAUGAUAUGUGUGAUGGGAUUGAG